AUGAAGGAAGCAGAAAAUGCUUCAGCUCCAAAAUCGGUGGUAUUUUCCUUCCUGGCCUCCUGUUGCUGUUGUUGCGGUCGGGUGGCUCGACGUCGUGAUAUUGCCCACAAGAUUAAAAAUGUUGGUGAAAGACUGGAUGUUAUAGCCAACGAGAAAGCUAAAUUUGGUUUCGAAUUGCAUAAGACCACCGAAGAACUCGAACGACUAAGAACGACAUCCUUUGUUGAUGUAUCAAGGGUGCAAGGACGAGAAGAUGAGAAGAAAAAAGUGAUCAGCAAGUUGCUGAGCGAAAGUAGUCAAGAAGCAAGGCAGCUUCAUGUCGUCUCCAUAUUUUUGAUGAAGGAUGAAAGCUUCACUGUGGAAACUGAUGUUCUGAAGAGCAAAACAACGGACUUUUCCUACGAAAGAGCUCGUCAUGCAAUUAUGACAGUUUCCAACUGGGCACGAUUUCCUGGGUCAAUUUACAAUGCAAGAAAACUCCGCAGCCUCUUGAUCAGGUCGUUUAACGAUACUGCAAUCAGCAAACCACUGCUUGAACUGCUCCAAAACUUGACAUAUCUGAGGUUGUUUGAUUUGAGUGCAUCUCCAAUUGAAGAAAUUCCUAAUCUUACUUGGUGUGUUGCCGUAGAGAAAUUACCUCAAAAGACACGAAAGCUUAUCAGAUUGAGGCAUCUGGAGAUAUUUGGUUCAGGUGUAGCCUUCAUGCCGAAAGGGAUAGAGAAAUUAACUUCUCUUCGAACAUUAACAAACUUCAUCGUGGGUGGAGGUGGAGACGAAAGUGGCGCAGCUAAUCUCGGUGAAUUGGGAAACUUAAGCAACCUCAAAGGGACUUUAUGGAUAGAGAAACUAAGAAAUGUCGGAGAUUUGAGCGAAGCUGUGAAAGCCGAAAUCAAGAAGAAAAAGUACCUGAUUGGCUUAUAUCUGCUGUUCAAUGGGGAUGAAACAGAGUCGCGGGUUGACGAGAAUGAUUUAAUUGAAGCUUUGCAACCACCACUAGACUUGCAAGUUUUAAGCAUAUCUGAAUACAGAGGGGCCUUGUUGCCAAAUUGGAUCAUGUCAUUAACCAAAUUAAGAUGGCUUGAUGUCUCUCAUUGUGGAAGCUUCGAGGUUCUGCUUCCUUUCGGAAGACUACCUUACCUUGAGAAGCUAACAAUAGGGGUGAAAACAAGAAAGUUGGAUGUUGGAUUUUUAGGUCUAGAAACGGCACCGGUUACUGCGUUCCCGAAGCUGAAAGAACUCUGUAUCUGGAAAAUGGAAGGAUUGGAAGAGUGGGAUGGGAUUGGAAGGAUUGCGGGAGAAAAACAUACAACGAAUAAAAUAAUGCCACAGCUUCAAGAAUUGGAAGUUAAGGGCUGUCCAAAGUUGCGAGCAUUGCCAGACUACAUUCUGACAGCACCAGCACUAGUGGAAUUGCGGAUCAACGAAUGCUUCAUUCUGACAGAACGUUACGAGGCGGAGAAGGGUGAAGACUGGCACAAGAUUUCUCACAUCCCAGACAUCCAAAUUAAUUACGAGCGUAGAAAGAGACCAAUGCGGAAAUCCUAG